GUAAGAAAGUAUUUGCCACAAGUCAGUUUGAUUAAUGUUACCUUGGCUAAAACUAGUGAAAGCCAAGUGUGUGCUGACUGCUAAGUGGAAUAAUUGCAGUGUAGAACUUUAUGUAAGUUAGUUUUUGUGAAUAAUUGAUCCAUAAUGCGAAUGUACAACAUAUCAUUCAAUUGAUUGUCUCACGAGCGAAGGCGCUAAAAUAAAUGUGAAUUCAGUAAAUUUCAAAUAAUUUUUUCUUCCCUUCUUAGAUAUGUCUACUCGAAAACAGGGUAUGGUCGGACCAUUCCUAACCCAUAUUAUACAUGUAAAAUAAAUACAAAAGAACGUACAUGUCCGUGUUUGUGUGCCUUACAUAUUUGCGUGGACCAAAAUAACAAACAAUUAUACCGAUCUCGUGAUUAAUGAAAACUUUACCCCUUUGCAUAUAUGCAACCUUUAUCUCUCUAAUAUAAAGUAUACGAUCAAAUUGUACCCUAUAUAUAUGUAUAUUUAUAUCUAAAACAUAAAUGACACACACCAAAAAACCUAGAUUCUCCCCAAACUUCAUCCAACGGCACAAACCGCAUAAAUAAAUAAAUAAUAUCAAAGUAUAAUAAUAAAUAUUGAAACUGGAUAGCUAUGGUUUAGUCCUCGAUGAAUGCGAAUCCCUAAUAUUUACUCCUUUUAGCAUACACUCUUUCUAUUUCUCUCUCUCUCAACUUGAUAUGUCUCUCUGCGUUUCUUUCUUUCUCUAAAUCUUACUUUUACUUUACCUUUUUGUAUACAACCAUAUGACAAAACAACAAAUGAGGAAGAGAUAGAGAGAGGGAGAGCGAUAUUUCUAGUCACGAUGCAGGAGACAAUACUGGAUUUUCUUGAAGAAUGUGAAUUCGUGGACACUUCACUAGCCGGAGAUGAUCUGUUUGCUAUCUUAGAGAGUCUUGAAGGCGCCGGAGAGAUAUCUUCCACUGCUGCAUCUACACCUAAAGAUGGAACCACAAGUUCCAAAGAGUUAGUAAAGAAUCAAAACCAUGAAACUUCAUCUCCUAAAAAGAAGAGGAAAAGACUAGAAACUGGGAAAGAAGAAGAAGACGACGACGAUGGAGAAGGAGAAGAAGAAGAAGAAGAUGAUGAAGAUAAUAAGCAAGAUGGGCAACAAAAGAUGUCUCAUGUAAACGUGGAACGUAAUAGAAGAAAGCAAAUGAACGAGCAUUUGAUCGUUUUACGUUCUCUUAUGCCUUGUUUCUACGUCAAGCGGGGGGACCAAGCAUCGAUUAUAGGUGGAGUUGUGGAAUACAUAAACGAGCUACAGCAAGUUCUUCAAUCCUUAGAAGCCAAGAAACAACGUAAGACCUACGCGGAAGUCCUAAGCCCGAGACUAGUCCCAAGCCCUCGUCCUUCACCAAAUGUUCUAAGCCCGCGAAAACCGCCUCUUAGCCCUCGUAUCAGCCACCAUCAUCUCCUUCUCCCUCCCAUAAGCCCUCGAACCCCUCUGCCCACAAGCCCAUACGGAGCCCAUCCUCCGCAACUACCACUCAUCCCACAGCCUCCUCGUUCUUACUGCUUAGGGGACCCACCUCCAUACUCCCCAGCUUCAUCUUCUUCUUCUCCUUCAGUCAGUAGUAACCAUGAGAGUAGUUUAAUAAAUGAGCUUGUUGCUAACUCAAAGUCAGCUUUGGCUGACGUGGAAGUGAAGUUCUCAGGAGCUAAUGUGCUGCUCAAAACGGUAUCGCAUAAGAUCCCAGGACAGGUUAUGAAGAUAAUCGCUGCUCUUGAGGAUUUGUCUCUCGAGAUUCUUCAGGUUAACAUUAACACCGUCGAAGAAACCAUGCUUUACUCUUUCACCAUCAAGAUUGGAGUUGAGUGCCAACUAAGUGCAGAAGAAUUGGCUCAACAAAUUCAGCAAACAUUCUGCUAAUAAAAGAAGGAUUAGAUACAUCUUCAAAUAAACUCUAACGAGAGAUCAGUACGUACUCACUUUCUCUCCUCACCAUCCUUUUAAUUAUCUCCAAAUAUUUCUACAAAUAUAUGGUUUCAUUUUGAAUAGUAUUGUUAUUUAAAGUUUGAACAAAUAUUAUUAAGUAUAACCAAUAUAAAUGAGGUUAAAAAAGUUAUCAGCUUAAUAUUUAACACCUUCCUCACAUGUUUUUCUCUCUGUAAGCUUAGAGUUAGGUGACAGUACUCCUACCAUGUAACUUUAUGCUUCAUUACAUCGAGCAUUGUAGCUGUAAUUGCUUGUGAAUGAACAACAGUGUAUGAGUUUCUCGUGGAUUUUCCUUGAUGUUUUUUUUCUUCGUUA